AAAAUGGUGCUUUUAAAAAAACAGCUGAGAAUUUCAGAGCAGCUGAGUUGCACUUUCGGGAGAUCACCACUUGGGGGCGAUGUUUUCCUGCAAGGACUCGAAGUGAUGAUGCUGCCGACAAUGGAUGCCACACGGAGCGGUGUUGUGUGAGCGCAGUGAAUGAAUGGAGGCGCACCAUUAACGGUGGGAAAUGCGUUUAUUGUGGAUAUCGCAUUUGAAGUGCUUCCGUCACUGAGGAAGAGCGGUCUGCUUCAGGACACAAAGCCCGCGUCUGAGACGCAUCUGCCCGUGUCAUUGUUGGACUAGGCCCGCCCAUACUCCGGACUCCGGAGCAUCUCCAAGGAACCCGGCAGCAGGAGCAGCAGCAAACAAUGAACCGCUACCACACAUCACGGUGGAGGUAGGCUGGUGUUCAGCAGAUAAUGAAGUGAGGCGUCUGGGAAGGAGACUGCUCCUGUUUUCACACAGUGACCUUCAUUGUGCUGAUGUGAAGUAGCAGCAGCACCACUGACAUCGCCAAUAUCAAACAACUGCAAAUCAUCAUGGACUUCCCUGGUCAUUUUCAGCACAUUUUCAAGCAGCUCAACCACCAGCGUCUCCACGCUCAGCUAUGUGACUGUGUGGUGGUGGUUGGAGGUCAAAGCUUCCAGGCGCACCGCUCCAUCCUGGCAGCAUGCAGCUCUCACUUCAGGGCUUUGCUGAGCUCCAAUGACAGUGCCGAGGAGGUUGAAGGAGCUAGAGCAGAUAGGGGCCCCAGUAUGAUGGAGCUAGAUGCGGAGGUGGUGACCCCCGAUGCCUUCUCCACCCUGCUUGACAUGAUUUACACAUCCACCCUCUCCCUGGGGGCAUCCAAUGUGAUGGAUGUGCUGCUCGCAGCCUCACACUUGCAUCUGAACACUGUGGUGAAGGCAUGCAAGCUCCACCUGUCCAGGAAAAACUUCCCUGCCUCGCCACCUAAAGGAUGGAGGUCAGUGCAACAGCAGCAGCAGAGUGCCCCCUCAAAGGGAGAGAGGUCGUUCUCGCUUCAAAAGAUCUCAUCUGCUGUGGAGGAGGAGGAGGAGGAGGAGGAGGAUUUAGAUGAUGACGCAGUGGUAGUGGAGGUGAGCCAGUCAGGUGUCGGCGAAGAUCAGGGGGUUAGGAGAAGAGUCAGUGACAAGCAGAGCGCAGCAACAUCGUCUUGCAGCUUUAAAAGAAAAUCACACGAGGAAAGGCUCAGCUGCGGGAAGAGAAGCUGCAGGCUGCCUGGGGAGAACUACAAGGAGUGUUCUCCCACUGUGUCAAGCAGAAGCAUGGUCAGUGCAGAGGAGUCAGAAGGUCUCCUGUUCCCAGACCAACUUUUGGAGAGCCAAGUUGAUGAGGAGGAGGAAGAGGAGAAAUACGAAGCGCCCAAGGGAGAGACAGAGGAGAUCCAACUCCCGAGCCAAUCGGACAGCAGCACAGGAGGCGUGUGUGUGUGGAAGAUGGACGGAGAUACUGAUGGAGACACGGUGGUGAAAAUAAAGGUGGGAGAGGAAGCGGAGGAAGACGAGACAAAGAUGGCAGUGAUCGAGAUUAAAAAGGAAAACUUAUGCUCAUAUUCCUCAGGUUUAGAGUCUCUAUCUCUAUCACACGACUGCACAGAACAUUUGGGAAAUGAUGAGAAAAUGGCAGCAUCAGCCAACACAGCAGUAGCUGACAUCAACUCUUUACAGUCUCAGUUGUGCACAGAUCUUCAGAGGGAUGCACACAGAGACGUCGGAGGUUUGUGUGAGGACAGUGAAGCCCUGGACAGCCUGUCAGAGCUGGCCUUUUCCUGCUUCCUCAAUCCCACUGCUGAAAGUGUAAUGGGAGCUCUGGAGGAGGAUGACAGCCUGGCGAGUCUCACAGCCGCUGCCACUGCAGCUGCCGCCGCCAGCGAUGAUCCUGCAGCUGCAGGAAAUGUAGGUGAAACAUGUCAAAACUCACCAGAUGCAAACGCCUCCUCGGCUCACAACUCGCUUGUUUUUCCAAUGUCGUCUGUCCCACUGCAGCAGCUGCUCCCACCACAGAGCCCGGGUUUUAGUGACACACUCAUCUUACAGCCCACCCAGAACUCUUUAGCAGGGUUUCUGAGUGGCAUGAGACCGGGCCUCAGUCUGGAGGCCUCCCUCGUCCAGCCGACCAGGGUCGUUAAAAGCUCAGGGGCAACAACCUUCCGCCGCAUUGCCCCCAAAGUUCCACCUGGAUCCGAGGCCAGUACAGAUCCUUCCUCUUCCUCAGUGGGGGAAGCUGCUGAUCGGUCAACUCUAACCAGAGCCUCAGACGACGUUUUGUCCAAGUGCAAGAAAGCGGCUGCUGAAGACCACGUGUUGUUGGUUGAAGGUGAUAAGAAAUACGCCUGCAACAUCUGCUGCAAGAAGUUCAUGAACUUGACCGACUGUAAGAAGCAUAUCCGUGUGCACACAGGAGAAAAGCCGUAUCCCUGUCCAAAGUGUGGGAAACGCUUCAGCCAGUCGUCCCAUCUUUACAAGCACUCGAAGAAUACCUGUCUGAACUGGAAAGACGACCAGUCGUUCCCCGAAACUCUGCACUGACCUUUUUUUUCCUUAAGUCAAAGGAAAUCACACUGUGAACUUUUAUCUAAUAAUAUUAAUUUGUGAUUUUAAGUGACAGAAAAUCAGUGCCAAAUUUGUAAUGCAUCUGCUAAUUUAUUGCAUUUUGUUUUGUUGUUCAACCAUGUAGUUUUAUUUCUCAGAGGAGAAAAAUUAAAUGUUGCCAAAUCUAUGUGAACGCACUGACAAACGGUCUCAAGAGGAAAAAAAACAUGGUAUGCAUCACUGUUCCAC